AUGACAGUGAUAAAUAAAGUCAUGGGAGGGCUUCUGUCAUUUUACCGAGCAGUGUUUUGGGAGAGAACAUUGGUAGGAUUGGCAUGGAACUUUUGGUGGAAUUUCUUACCAGUUUUUGUGUGGCUCACUAUAUUUAAAAAUGCUCGAGUGAUUCCGGCAGAAAUACGCCCACCUAUCCACAGCAAAGCUGCAUUUUUCUGGGACCUUAUGCUCUUUGGAGACUCUUGGGGUGAGUUCAGGCAGCAGGCGUGGCCUUCCGAUAAAUGGUGGGAGGUUGUUUCGUGGGCAACUGGGGUCACCUUUACAGUUUGUUGUGGGAUAGUGCCAUUGUUGGUAUGGUACUAUAUAUACUAUGUUAGGCGGGUUCAAUAUAAUGUAUUGGAGUGGUAUGAGGAUUUGUUCCAUCAGAAGGGUGAGCAACAGCAGCAUCUGCAAUUUAGACCAACUCAACUACGAGUUAUGUUGCCAUUUUUUAUGCCAUUGUUCACUUGUAUAAUGGUAAACGUUGCACAUCAUUUUGCAAGACAGGAAGAGUCAACUUUCACCUCUGGCAAAGAUAUUCUUGCAUGGAUUUCUUAUGUAUGUCUCCAUCUGGGAGUGCCUGUCACGACCGCUGUCUACCUGUAUGUUUUUCAGCCACCCGGCACAUUGAAAUGCUUUGGAUUUGCGUUGGGAAUUCAGAACAUCGCGGGUGUCUUCACCCAUUUAUUACUUCCAACAGCACCUCCUUGGUUUAUCCAUAUGUAUGGUGUUAAUGAUACAGAGCACGUAAACUAUCUGCAGGAGGGGUACGCAGCUGGUUUAACCCGUGUAGAUAUGCACUGGGGCACGCGCUUAAAUAGGAAUGGCUUCCACAAAUCUCCGGUUGUCUUUGGGGCAGCACCCUCUUUGCACUCAGCCAUUGCUGUUCAAUGUUUUCUCUUUCUCAUCAGUAGAUCAACCAGCACAGCGAAGACACCAGCAGCAUACGACCUCCAAAACCGCUCCCGUGUAUGCAGCAGCAGCAGUGACAGCAGCAGCGACAGCAGCUCAUGCGACGCCCAAAUGAAAGAUGAAGAAAUGGACAAUAUACCCAAGUACCUAGAAGAAAGCAUCCCAUCCAGUGCCUCGGAGAGCGACUUGAUGCUGCAGCAAUAUCCCGAUUCUUUUUCACCUUUUGCUGAAGCUCACCUUUCGUCUUCAGUGUCAUCAUUUAAAAUGCAUGCUGACGUUAUGCGAACCUCUAAGUGGUUAUGGAUUUUUAACAAAAGUUUGAUACCCAAAAUAUUUGGGUUCCUUUAUAUUUGCAUCCAAUGGUGGGCCACCAUCUACUUGGAUCACCAUUUCAGAUUUGAUCUGUUUGUUGGAGCCCUCUAUGCCAUUGUAUCUUUUGUCAUCAUCAACACCUUUUUUCUUCAGCCAAAGGUAUUAAAAAAUUGGGUGGAAAUUAGACUCUCAGAUAAUAAGUUAAAUCCUGCAGGAAAAACUAUGGGCAUGAGGGUAUUCCAAGGAACUCGUUUUGAAUGGCUUUUCGAUCCAUUGGCUUAG